AUGGAGCUGAGAGCAAAAGGAGAGCGAUAUGAAGAAGGGUUUUCUGCCGGACCUGCUCUGCUCAACUGGUGGGGAAUAAACAGCACCGGGGACUACAGCAGAGUCAGCCACAACACUGCAGGCUUCACCACCGAGAGCGGCUGCAUCACCAUCACCACCAAUAUUACCGAUAACGCUGCAUCACAUCUACUGCAGCCAGCCAUUCCACAGGUUUCAGCACCUACAGUCCCAGUGAGGUUGUGGGUCCCCAGACAGAGGAGGUGCAGUCGGUCGGUCAGGGGGAGUUUCUCCCACUCUCGUUCCCUCUCCCUGCACCCAGCUCAGCAUGCCCCAGCCCCUGAGCACAUCCACAGCUCUCCCAGCUCCACUACCAUGUGUAGAUGGACAGUGACACAAGGUGCACCGGUCGCCUGGUUCUCCACCUGCCCCUGCUACAGACCUCCUUCACUCAUCCUCUCCUUCACCUUCCUCCUCCUGCUUCUCCUGCUCGGACCCUCCUCGUCCUCACCCCUGUCCACCACGCCGUCAGACUCUGAAGGGGACCACAAUGCACCGCAUGGGACUCCUCCUCACGCCUUCAUCUCACGCCCGCCGCCCUCCUCAUCGCCCGCACCGCUGCACGCAUCCUCUGCGAGGUUGCCACGGGCGACCAAUGUGUCAUCGUCCUCCGCAACGGUUGUCGGGCGCCAUGUGCGGAGCAGCUACAACCAUCUGCAAGGAGAUGUGCGGCGGAGGAAACUGUUCUCCUACCAGAAAUUCUUCCUUCGCAUUGACAAGAAAGGAAAAGUUAAUGGCACCAAAAGCGAGGACGAUCCAUACAGUAUGUUGGAGAUCAAGUCAGUGGAUGUGGGAGUUGUGGCCAUCAGGGGGCUCAGCAGUAACUACUACCUGGCAAUCAGCAAGAAGGGAGAGCUAUACGGAGCGAGGGACUUUGGUCCGGACUGCCGUCUGAUCGAACGCAUCGAGGAGAACAAGUACAACACCUACGCUUCAGCAGAGUGGCGCAACAAGAGGAAGCACAUGUUUGUGGGACUGAACGCCAACGGAAAGCCAAUGAGGGGGAAGAAGACACGGAGGAAAAACACUGCCACUCACUUCCUGCCCAUUGUGGUACAACCACGAUGAUUGGACAUAUCAGCCAUGAAAGAGCUCUGCACAACGCAGGGUGUCGGACAUUUUCUUUGGAGUUACAGCGAUGGCUACAUUUGACAGAUCUGAAUCAGAUCUGAAUGAUGCACUGAGGAGGUACAGAAUGGAAACCUAUGGACAUUUUAUCUCUGUUUGAUAAAGACAUUUCUAUUUUUAAAGAAAGAAAUAAGAUAUAUUGCUAUACAAUGUAUAUAUUAUUUUCUGUUUUAAGUUAUCAAGUACAUUGGCACAGUAGAAAAUAUGAAAAGAAAUACUUCUGUGCCAAAAUGUGAUUAGUAACUCACAUUUCUAGAUUUGUGUACAUGUGAAGUGCUUGACUUGGAAGAAAGAAAAUGAAAAAUAUGUGAGAGGAAAAGAAAGACUAGAAGAGGAUGUACUGAUAGAAGGAUGAACAGAGGAGAAGAAAAGGCAUGACAAGCAGGAAAUGAAAAGGAAGAGAGUCAAGAGGUACCAACACAACAGCAAGUCUAACACUAUCAUGUUUUCUUCUUUGAAUUUAUUUAUUUUGUGUAAUAUUUAACAAAAAAAGAACAAAAACACAAAAAGGACAAAUUCUUGUCUUUUUUUUUACCAUUUAUGCUUCUCUUUUUGAAUACUAA